CUCGCUUAGAAUCGUCGAAAGCUCGGACGAGUUUCCGACAUGAAUCUACGAGCAAGUGUAUUAACGACCGUGUUAGUCGUAAUUGCUACUGCUGCCGUCCGUGCAUCACCUGUAGGGGACUGUCCGCCAGUAGAUCCAGUGGACCACACAGACCAUCUACCAGACAGCAAAAACUGUUCACUUUUCUACAAAUGUGAUCACGCAGCUCCUGUACUGUUUGAAUGUCCUGAUGGGUUGCACUUCAACCCUACACUGGAAGUCUGUGACUGGCCAGAUAAUGCAGGUUGCACAGGUGGAUCAGCAUCAACUCCAGCAUCAAGCUCAACAGCUAACCCUCCUCCACCAGCAGACUGUCCAGCUGUCGGCACAUGCCCACAAAAUGAAGAUGAGAAUUCUAUUGCUAAGCACCUUCCACAUGCCUCAAACUGCAGUCAGUUCUGUAAAUGUGACCAUGGGAAACCCGUGACGUUCGACUGCCCUGCUGGACUCCACUUCAACCCUACUCUGGAGGUAUGUGACUGGCCAGAAAAUGCAGGUUGCACAGGUGGAUCAUCAUCAACUCCAGCAUCAAGCUCAACAGCUAACCCUCCUCCACCAGGAGACUGUCCAGCUGUCGGCACAUGCCCACAAAAUGAAGAUGAGAAUUCUAUUGCUAAGCACCUUCCACAUGCAUCAAACUGCAGUCAGUUCUGCAAAUGUGACCAUGGGAAACCCGUGACGUUCGACUGCCCUGCUGGACUCCACUUCAACCCUACUCUGGAGGUAUGUGACUGGCCAGAUAAUGCAGGUUGCACAGGUGGAUCAUCAUCAACUCCAGCAUCAAGCUCAACAGCUAACCCUCCUCCACCAGCAGACUGUCCAGCUGUCGGCACAUGCCCACAAAAUGAAGAUGAGAAUUCUAUUGCUAAGCACCUUCCACAUGCCUCAAACUGCAGUCAGUUCUGUAAAUGUGACCAUGGGAAACCCGUGACGUUCGACUGCCCUGCUGGACUCCACUUCAACCCUACUCUGGAGGUAUGUGACUGGCCAGAAAAUGCAGGUUGCACAGGUGGAUCAUCAUCAACUCCAGCAUCAAGCUCAACAGCUAAUCCUCCUCCACCAGCAGACUGUCCAGCUGUCGGCACAUGCCCACAAAAUGAAGAUGAGAAUUCUAUUGCUAAGCACCUUCCACAUGCCUCUAACUGCAGUCAGUUCUGCAAAUGUGACCAUGGGAAACCCGUGACGUUCGACUGCCCUGCUGGACUCCACUUCAACCCUACUCUGGAGGUAUGUGACUGGCCAGAAAAUGCAGGUUGCACAGGUGGAUCAUCAUCUACUCCAGCAUCAAGCUCGACAGCUAACCCUCCUCCACCAGGAGACUGUCCAGCUGUCGGCACAUGCCCACAAAAUGAAGAUGAGAAUUCUAUUGCUAAGCACCUUCCACAUGCCUCAAACUGCAGUCAGUUCUGCAAAUGUGACCAUGGGAAACCCGUGACGUUCGACUGCCCUGCUGGACUCCACUUCAACCCUACUCUGGAGGUAUGUGACUGGCCAGAAAACGCAGGUUGCACAGGUGGAUCAGCAUCAACUCCAGAAUCAAGCUCAACAGCUAAGCCUCCUCCAUCAGGAGACUGUCCAGCUGUCGGCACAUGCCCACAAAAUGAAGAUGAGAAUUCUAUUGCUAAGCACCUUCCACAUGCCUCAAACUGCAGCCAGUUCUGCAAAUGUGACCAUGGGAAACCCGUGACGUUCGACUGCCCUGCUGGCCUCCACUUCAACCCUACUCUGGAAGUAUGUGACUGGCCAUACCAUGCUGGCUGCGCAAAUAAAUCAGGAUCAACCGCAGCGUCUAGCUCAUCUACAGCUUGACCAACAAGUAUGCCUCUACAGAUGGUCCAACAUCAGCUACACCAACUACUGCAGAACCAAAGAGCUCCAUAGGGUCAGGUGAUCAAGACCCUUUCAAGUCAAUGGGAUCAUGUCGUGCUUAUGAUCUAGUCCUUAUUGCCCAGUAUCUUGCAUAUAAAACCAACAGUACUGUAUAUUGUAGACGAUGUAGCAAUAAUCUGGAUACGUCUGGGUGACUGCAUUUCGGUGUAAAACUACAGGAUUUUGACUGGCCUUCUUGUACUGGUUGUGAAUCACUGAAAAGUGUAUUUAUAUAUUUCAACUGUAUAUUAUGUAAAAAAAUUUUAUGCUAAUGUGAUUAU